AUGGCAACAACCUGGGAAGAGUAUAUCAGUGCUGCUCCCGGUCUUGCUCCACCGUUGGGACGUGCACAGAUUGUUAAGCAAAGUACAAAGAAUUUCAAGGCUCUUAUUGCCAUGGCAGAAGAUUUUCCAAUCGAUGUUGACGUACUAUUGGAUAUUCUUGAAAUUGUUGCGCCAUUUAAACAUCUGGAUAAACUUCGACGUUUUUGCGAAGUACGGCUUCCACCCGGUUUUCCAGUUCGGAUCGGUAAAUUUUUUCUUUAUUUGUGA